GCCAGCGACAGAGAGAGACAGUCAGACAGAAAGAGAGACAGACAGGCAGAUAGACAGCGAGAGAGAGAGAGAGACAGACAAACAGAGAGACAGACAGGCAGAUAGACAGCGACAGAGAGAGACAGACAGAAAGAGAGAGACAGACAGACAAACAGAGAGACAGACAGGCAGAUAGACAGCGAGAGAGAGAGAGAGAGAGAGAGAGAGAGAGAGAGAGAGAGAGAAAGACUGGCGUUAGGUGUCAGUGGGUGAGGCCGACAGCUGUGUGUGUGUGUGUGUGUGUGUGUGUGUGUUGCCGGUGUGUGUGUGUGUGUGUGUUGCCGGAGUGUCAGUGCUGCGCUCGUACUCUCAACUUUCUCGCUCAGUAAAAGUGUGAAAUAAAAGUCAGCAGUUAAAACGCCAGAUUAAUCUCGGAAUAUCUUUCUUCUCCGUUUUUAAAAAAUCUAUUUUAAAUUUUUCUUUCUUUUAUUAUUUUCGUUGUUGUGUGAAGUCUCUCCCCUGGCGCGCGCGCUCUCCUCUCCUCGGUCCUGAUGGCAGAGUUUCACCGCAGUUUCGGUUUCCUACAGCGCAUGUGCACGCUGCUGGUGGUCGCGUGUGUGAUCCACCUGUCCGUGCUGAUCGCCUUCUACCUGCAGAACUUCAGCAAAGUCACGCGCCCCCCUUCACCGCAGGUGAUGCAGCAGCACGAGCUCGCCCUCGACCCGGAGACCAGCACGCGCAACAGCAGCCAACCGGACACACCGGAGAGAAAUCAAACCCUGCAGCACUGUCUCGAGACCCCUCCGCGAUUAGAGGGGCCACUAAGUGUGGAUUUUUCCGAGCCGGUGAAGUUGAACAUGUUGAUGAAGGACACUCGUCUGUCUCUGGGUGGACACUACACACCAAGCGAGUGUGUGUCUCAGCAGAAGGUGGCGGUCAUCAUCCCGUUCAGAGACAGAGAGAUGCACCUUAAGUACUGGCUCUUCUACUUGCACCCCAUGCUGCAGAGACAGCAGCUUGACUAUGGCAUCUACAUCAUCGAGCAGGAUGGUGAUGAAGCAUUUAACCGAGCGAAGCUGUUGAACGUGGGCUACGUGGAGGCUCUGAAGGACUACGACUACAACUGUUUCAUCUUCAGUGAUGUUGAUCUCAUCCCUUUGGAUGACCGAAACCUCUACAAGUGUUACGACCAGCCGAGGCACAUUGCUGUGGCCAUGGACAAAUUUGGCUUCAAGUUACCGUAUAAUCAGUAUUUCGGUGGUAUUUCCUCUCUGAGUAAAGAACAAUACCUGAAGAUCAAUGGCUUCCCAAAUAACUACUGGGGCUGGGGGGGUGAGGACGAUGACAUCUACAAUCGCUUGUCGUUUCAUGGAAUGUCCAUCUCACGACCUGAUCACAACAUCGGGAGAUGUAAGAUGAUUCGUCAUGUGAGAGACAGGCUGAACCAACCCAAUCCUGAGAGGUUCAGCCGAAUUUCCCGCACUAAAGAAACGAUGGGGGAAGAUGGUAUUAAUUCACUCAACUACAGUGUGGUCAGCUGGGAGAAAAACAGACUGUACACCAAAAUCACCGUGGACAUUGGAAAUGCGCCACACAUUUAAACGGCACACAUGCAGGAGUGCAGCACCACAUUACUGAGCUCCUCAUGGAAGGUUCAGACGGAAUUAAAGACGUGAUGCUGCCAUGGAGCUGAUUUUCUCAGGAACAUGUUUACAGAUUUUCAGAAAGCAGCACCUUUUUGAUGUGUACUUUUAUUAUUAUUGGUUUUUUUAUUUUUAUUAUAUUUGGCAACCGAUUGAAUGAACCUCCUGGAUGUUUCUCAGAGGAAGAGUUUGGAGAUAAAACACUAUGAGAAGUUGAAGUUACCGUGCACUAAAGUGAUGAUCUGGAGAUGCAGGGCAUGGUCACAGACACCACUCACCUAUACCGACCCAGCAGGAAAUGCAGGCUGUGGAAUGUGGUGUUUUAUUAAUUGGAUGAAUGGGUGCAGCCACGCAGAAACAUGUUGGAGCACUUAUGGUUCUGUCACAGGACCAGAACGACCUGAAUUACAGCAAAUCAUCGAUAAAUGUGUCACAGCUCAGGGAAAGACGAGCGCAUACACCUCAACCUCCUUUGAAGUCUGUUUAUUAUAAUAAUUCCAAGCGUGUGUGUGCAUGUGAGAUCAUUAGGUGUGGUCUGAUCAUAUUGUGAUAUUUAACACACCACAGAUUGCUGGAGAUUUAUUGUGUUUACAUUAUUAGCAGAGAUGGUAAUGAAUGAUGUUUAUAUUAUUAGCAUUCAACACUGGUUCACAGAGCUGGGAUUUGAACUCACAACCCUAAACUAAACCCACAUACUGCACCCUGAUGACCAGCACAUACCCUGAACUAAACCCAAGGUAGUGCUGUGUGACAAACAGACACCUUGGGAUUUGAGCUCACAACCCUCCUGGACAUCUGCAAAGAACCAUGAUCAACAGUCACAACUACAAAGACUUACUUCAAUCCAAAUAGUGGCUUUCUGACAGCACUGGGCUUGGAACUCACAACCUUCCAGACACUAGUAUGGUGUCAUUCAGUUCAGCCCUUUAGCUGCUCAUUUUUAGCAGGACCAGAACGACCUGAAUUACAGCAAAUCAUCGAUAAAUGUGUCACAGCUCAGGGAAAGACGAGCGCAUACACCUCAACCUCCUUUGAAGUCUGUUUAUUAUAAUAAUUCCAAGCGUGUGUGUGCAUGUGAGAUCAUUAGGUGUGGUCUGAUCAUAUUGUGAUAUUUAACACACUACAGAUUGCUGGAGAUUUAUUGUGUUUACAUUAUUAGCAGAGAUGGUAAUGAAUGAUGUUUAUAUUAUUAGCAUUCAACACUGGUUCACAGAGCUGGGAUUUGAACUCACAACCCUAAACUAAACCCACAUACUGCACCCUGAUGACCAGCACAUACCCUGAACUAAACCCAAGGUAGUGCUGUGUGACAAACAGACACCUUGGGAUUUGAGCUCACAACCCUCCUGGACAUCUGCAAAGAACCAUGAUCAACAGUCACAACUACAAAGACUUACUUCAAUCCAAACAGUGGCUUUCUGACAGCACUGGGCUUGGAACUCACAACCUUCCAGACACUAGUAUGGUGUCAUUCAGUUCAGCCCUUUAGCUGCUCAUUUUUAGCAGAUCCUUCGGGAUCUGACAAGUUGACCUGAAUCCAGUCAGUGUUUUCAUGAAUUGUCUAUCUUUUGGUUUCAAAACAUUUUGCUAUAAAUCCCUAAAGCACACUGUAGUUUAUAGUAAUAAAAAGAAUAAUAUA